CUGCGCUGAUUGAUCCCGUAUAAAAGAAACUAACGCUCUCUAUAUCUUUCUAUUCUAGCCCACACACGAAACAGAUAACAAUGGGUCUGCUGUCGUUCUGUGCAAUUGCUGUUCUUUUUGGGGUUGCCCAUAGUCAGACUGCAACUGACGUGGCCACAACCGUGUUUAACCAACUUAAUACUGGCCAUAAGAGCUUUGUUACACUGGCGGACUUUAAUGCGUACUACAGUCAGUUCGACAUAAAUGGUAAGGGGUCUAUAAGCAAGCAGGACUUCUUGAAACUUGUGACCGACCACGCCGAGGCUGAGAGGCAGUUUAACCUGUAUGACGUUGAUAAGGACGGGGCAUUGACUCUGAAGGAUGUCAAACUAAUUGUGGAUAAGUUUGACACAGACAGUGAUGGCAAGAUAACAUUGGCCGAGUUUAAGGCAAACUACGCCACGCUCCUCGUUGGCCAUGACAACACCCCUAUUGGCAAGUAGACGAACAGUGGAGAAUAACGUCGCUGAGUUGAAAAUAAAUAUAUAAGAUAAAA